AAAAUUGAUCCAUCAAAUCAUCAUUUCAUGGGUCCAAUAUUGAAAUCCAUGAUACAUAAAUUCAUUUCUACAUUCAUCAAUUACAGUAUCACCACUUACGGCUAUCACCACCGUCAUCGCCGCCGUGCUGUGUUCUUUCCGAAUCCAGGUGCUUGUAUAUCCAAGGGAAGCUUGCAAUUGGAGAGAAAGGCACAAGAUUACAGUAUGAAAGACAAAACAAUUGGCUACUGAAGAAUGAACAUCGCUGGAGGAUAUGAUCAAAUGAGGUAGUUAUCAUAAGAAAUGGAGGAUAUGAUCAGAUGAGGAAGUAAUCAUACGAAAUGGCAUAUAUCUGAUAGAUAUGCAAAAGUUUCUUCAUUCAGAAAAUUUCCAGACUUGAGAGAAAAUCAGAAGAAAUCUAGAUGGAGCUGCAUAUCCAAGCCUUCCUAAACAGAAUAUCUAUUAUUGUUUCUACUAUUGCCACCGUCAUCCUUUUUUCCAUUCUCCUCCAUCCACCAGAAACUUGUAUUCCCCAUUUGUCGCCUCACAACCCUCUCAAAUUUCCUCACUCCACUUGUGAUUCUCAUCAUCACCCCCGCCCUUUCUCCACCCUUGAAAAGAAGAACCAUCGCCUCUGGUCUACUUCUGCGUGGCUGAACAAAGUUAAGUCAUUUUCUCGUGUCUUCAUUGAUGCCCAGAAGAAAAACCCUUCUCACAAAUUUUCUAUCCUAUCAAACUCUUCCAAGUCCCUCUGCCUCUUAGCUGGUGCUGGACAGGAAGUAAUGGCUCUUCAACAAAUCGGUGUGUCUGAUGUUACAGCCAUUGAUCUUGUUGACUCACCUCCACUUGUUAGUCGUGCUGACCCUUACUAUUUGCCUUUCUUUGAUGAUGCUUUUGAUUUCGCAUUCUCUGCUCAAUUUGACAUUGCUUUGUUUCCCUCCCGGUUCAUUACUGAGAUGGAAAGGACAGUUAGGGUUGGGGGUUUUUGUCUUUUGCUUGUGGAGGAGUGUACCGAUGAGGAGGUGAGACAAAUAGAAAGGUUGUUUAAGAGAGGAGAGUUAGUUGGUGCUGAUAAUUUGACAUUCAGUGGAUCAAAAAUGACCAGAAUUGUUGUGCAGAUUACAAAUUCUACAAUAUAUUGAUCGCAUAUUAGUACGCUGUUCUGAUUGUUUCAAUUUGUAUAUGAACUCUUAGUUUACUCUUCUUGUAUGAAAUUUAGCUAUUUAUAUGAACUUCUAUACUACCCUCCAUCCCAAUCUCGAGUAUGUAUCGAUGGCUUAGAAAUUGCAUAUAUGUUGAAUUGAGAUCCAGCCUUUUCUUUGCUUCAUAUUAUGAAAGUAUGUAUUAAUACCUUAGAAAUUUUGAUAUGUAUGGUUUUUCUCAUGUUUAUACAAAUUUCUCUUUCAUUUUUUCA